GCCAAGAGGGAUCCAAAAGCCCCAACUCUUGAUGGAUACUACAAGUUCUAAUAUAUUAUUGGUUUUGCUUCUAUGAAGCACCAUAACACUCCAACCUCAAGGAACCUCAUGGCGUCGCUCGGCGGCCGGCGACAAGCGGACUGACCACCCCCCCCACCAAAUGGCUGUUUUGCAACUGUAGACUUAAAAUACUCAUUCAAGUCCGUAGUUCAUGGACUACUCUAAACUCCCUGUUCGAUAGGUCCCUCUCUCCUUUUCUCUCUAUAAAGUCCAAACCUACGGCGCAUAAAUUUCCAAAUUUCAAUCUCUUUCUCUCUCUUUCUUUCUGUUGUUCUCUCUCUCUCUCUCUCUCUCUCUCUCUCUCUCUCUCUCUCUCUCUCUCUCUCUCUCUCUCUCUCUCUCUCUCUCUCUCUCUCUCUCUCUCACUCUGUGUCAGCACCAAGGUGCGGCCAUGGCGGCAGACCAAGAAGGCAGAGAGUUGAAGUUUAACUCUAAGUUUCAGAUUGAGCAUGGAGAUAAGCAGCAGAACCCCUUUGAAGGAGACAGUUGGUCAAGCUAUUUUGGACGGUCUGAUUCAUUUCUCAGCUUUAAUUCACCGGUUGAAUCUGAGAUUGGUUCCAAUGAAAUCGAAAGUGAUAGAGAUGACGGAGAAAACGAUGGCGACGACUACACGGCGGAGUUGAGUCGACGGAUGGCUCAGUACAUGCUUCAAGAUGAUGAUAACUCAUCCACUACAAGUUUUCAAUCUGAGAUUCAGAACAAGUCCUGGGGUUUGUCUGGUUCGCCAAUUUCAACGCUGUGGUCACCUUUAGGCUCCAGCACUGGGAGUAGCCAUGGAAGUCCAGAAGGGCCGUCGAAGGAGCCAUCGCCGCCAUCAACGCCGGUAGUUGAAGAGCGUGGAGGGCUAGACAUUUCACACAACGUUUUUAGCAAAUUGGAGAAGAUGAAGAAAGUGAGCAUAAAUAGUAAAUCAAUCCAAACAAGCACCCAAAUAGGAGAAACAGGAUCUUCCUCUUCCAAGGACCAAUCAAGAACUCCCAAAAAUCAGAAACGAAGGCAGAACCAACAGCAGCAGCAGUUCAUGAAGCAAAAAGGCUCAGGCGCCAUACAAGUCAAGCAAGCUCAAGGAAGCUCGUUACAAGCAAAUUCAGGGGCAAAAUCAGGAGGCCCAUCAGGGACUGGCGUGUUCUUACCUCGCCAUGUGAACUACAACCGUCCAGCUCCAUGUCCACAGCCACCACAGCCGCCGAAGAAAAAGGGCUGCUCCACUGUACUAAUACCCGUGAGAGUCUUACAAGCCUUACAGCAUCACUACGACAGAAUGGACGACGAGACGAGACAAAAAAUCACUGGCUUCACAGCUCUUAGAGAAGCUGCAGCUAAUGCAAGAACAACAUCACAUACCGUUAAGAAAAGUCACACGGGAACUGCAGCGGCAACGGCGACGACGGCGACAAGCCAAAUCGACGUGGGCCUUCCUCAAGAAUGGACAUAUUAAUGACUUCAACAACUGGCGAGGGGCCAUUUGUUCUGUGGAUCACAAAUCUGAAAGCUUUUUGGCGGUUUUCGCAAGUGAAGAUGGGAGAUGACGUUAAUGGAAUGGAAUAAAAGCCCAACAAGUAGACGGAGAAGAAGACGAAAUAAAAUAAAAUAAAAUAAAAUUAGGGGUUCGGAAAACGAUGUCGUUUUCUUUGACUUUCGAUUAGGGUUGGCAAAAUCGUAAAUAAUGUUUGGGAAAUAGAAAUUAAUAUUUUGUUAUGGGAGAAAAGGAAAUGAAAAUUCCUUUUUAGUAAUAAUUUGUCAAACAAAGGUUGUAUUUGUAUACUCUACAAUAAUUGUUUAAAUAAUUUAAUUAUUUUUGUUAUCAACUAAA